CAGAUCAGAGGAGAGGUGAUGGCGAUUGUUGCCGCCGAAAUUACUCCGGCAUUGUCGCCGGAGGCGGAGCUCGCGCCGGUGACUAUUGACCGCCCGGUCCGCACAGACUUGGAAUCUUCAAUUCCUAAACCCUAUAUGGCAAGAGGAAUGGUUGCUCCCGAUACAGAACACCCGAACGGAACACCGGGGCAUAUGCAUCACAACAUGAGUGUUCUUCAACAGCAUUGUGCUUUCUUCGAUCAAGAUAAUAAUGGCAUCAUUUAUCCAUGGGAGACUUAUACAGGGUUUCGGCAGAUCGGGUUCAAUGUGAUUGCAUCGCUCAUAAUGGCUAUUUUGAUUAAUGUAGGAUUGAGUUAUCCUACACUACCAGGAUGGUUUCCUUCUCCAUUCUUCCCAAUAUACCUUUGCAACAUACACAGGGCCAAGCAUGGAAGUGAUUCUGGAACCUACGAUACCGAAGGACGGUACAUGCCAGUAAAUUUUGAGAACAUGUUUAGCAAGUACGGUCGAGCAUUUCCCGACAAGCUUACACUCCGAGAACUAUGGAACAUGACUGAAGGAAACAGAGAAGCUUACGACUUCUUCGGAUGGGUUGCGAAUAAAUUCGAGUGGGCAUUACUAUACAUUCUAGCAAGGGAUCCGGAUGGAUUUCUAUCGAAAGAGGCGAUUAGACGGUGUUUUGAUGGCAGUUUGUUCGAGUAUUGUGCUAACAUGCAAAUGAGAGAUCAAAGGAAGAUGAAGUAAAGCUAUGUAGAGUUUGUCCUUUGAAAAAAAAUAAUCUCCAACUAUUAGUACAUACAUUCAAGUAUAUCAAAAGCAAUAAUUUCUCCAAAAUAAGAACUAAAUCGCAAUAUAUGAUAAGUGUGGACAUUUCUUAAGAGAGAACGAAAAAAAACACACAUUGAGAAACAAGAAUCCAUGAAAAAACAAAUGCUUCACAAAAGACCACUUGAUCCUCUUUAAGUUUGAUUACAAUCUAAUCUUAAAAACUAAAA